GUCCAUCACAUUUAUACUGUAGGCUCACUUCUAAAACCCUAAUCUCGUGUGCACUCUAUCUCGUAACGCCCAAACCUUUGCCUCAUAACGCCCAAACAUUUUAAAUUUAGAGUUUUUCAUUUUUCAGUUCAGCUUGCAUCAAUGGCUGCCAACAAUAAUCCGCCGUCGGGCUUGGAUAAAGAACAGAUCUUUGGAAUGGCGGAAAAGGAGAUGGAGUAUAGGGUCGAGUUGUUCAACAAGCUCACACACACAUGUUUUAACAAGUGCGUCGAGAAAAGGUACAAGGAGUCUGAGCUAAAUAUGGGCGAAAAUAGUUGCAUUGAUCGCUGUGUUUCAAAAUAUUGGCAAGUGACUAAUCUAAUUGGCCAGCUACUGGGUUCUGGUCGGCCUCCAAUGUGAAAUUAAGGCUGCUCUCAUCUGAAAGCCAUUCCGCAUUUGUUACAUGUUAACUUGGCUGGCUAUGAAAGGAGGAACUAAAAUUAUUUUCUUUUGUCUCUUUGUCUGUACCCAACAUUAUGAGUUGAUAUCCAUUUUCUCGUUUGAGAGGGGAAAAAAGGCAGCAUUUUGAAUUUAUGCUGCCUCCUAGUUGCAAGUCUGAAAAAGUAUUUGCUUUUCGUUAAUGAGAGAUCAUUUUUUAGUAGUUCAAAUCUGGUUCUUGCACAUGAUUAAUUUGUGCGAGUAUCCUUGAUACAAAUAAAUGGAUACUGGAAGACAUUCAUAGUUUAUAGUUUAUGAGGUCAUUAUACAAAUUCAUCUUAUCUAGGUGUUUGAGGAUA